CCAUAACCCAAAUCGUGUCCGGACGGCACACACAACACAAAAAAUAUCUCGGAAAAAAUAAAAUUUUCGGUAACAAAAUUUUAGAUCUGUUCAAAAUUAUUUGUAAAAUAUUUUCCAAGCAAAAAAAAACCUAAACUUUCGGCUGCACCGGUUCGCAUUCGCGUAUUUCGAUUCGAGUUUGAGCCAUCGCAUUGCGGUGGAUUGCGGUUGUGUGGAGGUGUCAAGAGGUGCCAUCAAAGUCUGGUACUUUCCCUUGAAGUGCUGCUGGCUUUCAACCGCUCAAAAUUGUUUCAGCGUUUCCCUUGCAGAUCUGACCGAAGGGAACGACUUGAGCAGCGACUUACCUGAAGCGAAUACCUAAUCGCAGCGAAAGAAGAGUUUGUUAGCUUUUCGCCAUGGGAAAGAAGGGUAAGGGAAAGAAGGGAAAGAAGGGCAAGAGGAAGACCGCGGUGGUGGCACCAGUCGCAGCGCCGCCAUGUCCGCCAUGUCCAGAGAUACCGAAGGUCAUGUCACCGCUGGAUCCAUGCCCGGAGUCCAACGGCCCCCAUGACGUAGUGCGCGCUCAGCCGAACCAUUACCCGGCGCUCCUGCGCAUCCCCGAGACGAUGGCCGUGGUGGGGUCCGAGAACGGGUGCUACGACAGCAUCUGCAAGCUGCUGCGAGCCGGCUUCCGGUGUGCGGAGCGUGUCUUCGUGAUGGCACCCUGGGGCAACUAUGUGGUGUUCCGAUACCAUAACAGCAGCGACUUCAUCUACUUCCUGUACGACGGAUGCACCUGCGACGUGAACCGCUUCCGCUACUUGGACCUGAGCUGCGGCACCGCCGGCUUCCUCUUCUUCGACAACAUGCACGACGUCAUCAGCUACAUCAUACACUCGCGCAAGACGCGCCUCUACCUGGAGAACCUCAACAAGAUAGCCAUCGACCAGAUCGUGGAGGAGUAUGGCGCCGUCACCUAUACCCAGAAGGCCAAGUGCAUGCGAUUUGCCUAGGCACAACUCCCCUCUCUCCUUGACUGAAACUGAAUAAACUCUGGACCCGAAGCCCGAUGCCCAGAACCUGCCGGA